CUUUUUCUGGAAUGUAGUAUUGCUUUAAAGUUCGGCGAUCGCCUGCGGCAAGUGAGGAUGUCGACGAAUCUGCUUACCCCUGCCCAAUGGUAACUCUUUGAUUGUUGGGGAAGCCUCAGAAUCAAAUAAUAGCCAGGGACUAGAAGUGGAUUAAGGCUUGAUUAGAGGGCGGCGCAGAGGCAGUCAGUUCGAACAAGAUUGCUGAGCGCAGAGGCGGAGCACGCUAAUUGCGAAAUUACAUGGAAGCCACCCGCCGGGCCACGUGAAUGGUUAUGUUCGCACGGGCAUUUGUGGAGUCAGUGUCGUGUCUCCUGGUCCCCGAGACAUCCCCUGCGCGCCAACGCGACAGAGAUGAGCCGACCGAGCGACAGCCACGUAAUCAGCAUUCCGGAGGCAGGGACAGCCACCGCCAUGGACGACGCAAAUUCCUUCUUCUUCCCCACCUCAGAACAUUCCUCGUGCUACGAGUUGCCGUCGAUACACACCAUCGCAUCUUUUGGCAACACUGACAACAACGACUCGUCUGUCAACGAACUUGGGUAUUCCUCAAACGAGUCCUGUUUCUCCGUGAACAAUGUCACUGUCACCUGUCCUGAGGAGGAAGGCGCACAGAAAUCGUGUGGGAGCACAUCCUCACAAGACUCUGUCAACGAUGGGGCAUCUCCGUGUACAACUACUACUACUACUACUGCACCGGCGUCUACAUCGUCUGCAUCCACCGAUCCACAGUGCGACCUCUUGAUGUUUCUGAACGUGGCUUCAAACAGUAUCAUGCGAACGCUGGAGAAACCUCGGCGCUUGGCGGGACUCAAGAAGCGAAAGGUGAACCACCGCAGAUUCAUCGAGAAACAGCUACACAAGAAACACCUGGCCUACCCGCAGUUCCACUCCAAGGUCCGCAGCGCCAAGUCAAAAGAGUUCAAACAGAUGCGAGCGAACCAUGCUGUCUCCGGUGCCACGCCGUCCUCCAACGUUCCUGCCAUCAACCCAGCCAUCUUCAACAACAACUUCAUAGAAAGUCCCGGUCCCGUGCGUCAGAGUCAACAACACUGGGACUGUUUCCAGAACGACAACAUCUUCCCAAGCAGCCAGCUGCUGGACCCUGACCAGCUGUGCGAUCCUCUGAAUUCCGACAUGUCUUUCCAGUCGGACUCGUUGGAGCUUUCGGACGAGGCCAUCGACAACCUGAUGCGGCUGUGCGACAUGGUGAGUGCCAACAGUGAUGACGUCAUGCAGCAACCAUGCGACUUCGCCAGCUUCGACUCGUUUGCAGCAGACUCCAAUAACUCCAACGACUCCCUGUCAGAUCUGUCCGUGUUCUUGGACUCUCCUCUGGGCACGCCAAAUAGCGGGGAUUUCUACGGCUUUGGCUCGAACGGUACAUCCUUUAGCGGGGCUAAUCCAAUCGAACUAAACUCAAUCCUUGACCAAUCCACUGAAGGUAUCCUCCACACAUCCCCAACUUCCGCAUAUGACCAAAGCGCUCCAGAUUGUGACGGACUGUCGUUUGAAAUGUUGACGGAAGACGGCUACAGAAGACUGCCCGCCUGCAUGUACGACCAGCGCACAGGCGCCGAUUUGGAGAAAAUAAGCGAGCGCAACCUGCAAGAUGCGAUGAUGCAACAAGAUCUGGGACCAGAUAUCACCUCAUUUAGCUUAGAAGAUGUAGGACUGCCUUUCCUGUUCUAGAGGUGGACUGUAUUGCUGCAAUGGUUAUUUAAAAUAAAAAAAAGACAGGCUGUGGUAAUACACGGUCAUAUAGAAGUAGAGUUGAUACAGAACGAGUAAACGACAACAUGAAAAUACUCAAGAAAUUGAUCUAUUUCUAUGACAAAUGUAUGCUGUAUCAGCUUACAACUGAGAAAAAACAGCUGUUAUGUGAUUGACACAUCUAUUGAUUCUGUCGUCUGCGAAUGACGCAUCCAUUGAUUUUGAAGACGCAACUUAUGUUCAGAAAAACGUUUGGUUUUAUGUUGCUAGUACUGCAGACAUAUUGACUGCUAAACGUAUUUCCAUGGUUACACAUGUCUGUAAAGGUUUUUCUGUUGAUCGAUCUAAUGUAUGUAAUUAUGCAAUACUAUCAUUUAUUGCGUAAAGCUUAACCAGACAAUGAUAUUGGCUGCUCGUGUUGAUAUUUUGUAUAUAUAUGUGUAUUUCAAUGAAUAUCAAUAUGUUCAAUUUCUUUCAAUGAUAAAAGUGUGUUCCCUUGCUUGGUAUUAGGCAGAGCAGUGAGAGAAAGCUACCCUGUGUAGCCAACAUGUCUUUCUGUCAGAAAUGGAUAAGAGAUUAGGACUUGGGUCUUAAAUCCUUGGUCUCCAAGACGAGGUUAGAUCGCGGGGAUUAUAAUGGCUACUGUCUCCGCGACUGAAACUCUGCUUGGAGAAUAUUAAAUCCUCCAGAGUGUAUCAGUUUGUAACAAAAUUGGGCAGCAAGGAAACGUAAUGAUUUUGCAACCCAACCCAACAUUACAUUACAUGUAGCUCUUCCUCAAGUAUAGCCUUUUUAGACAGUUGUCAAAUGGGAAACCGAUGAUUUAAUGUAGCACCUACGCAGAAAUUACACUGGCCCCUGACAGCUAAUUAACGUCAUCCUUAACGGAUUCGUGCCUGCCAAAUGUAGCAGCAUGCAAGUUCAGCGACCCAAGGAAAAUCACCUGAUUCGCAUAAUAUGCGACCUAAUUUUCUCUUUAGUCACUUCUUCAUGAGCACAAGACCUAUCUACCAUCACAAAGCACCUUGUCCAGAACACACACAAAAAAAGACAUUUUCCUGCAGUACAGAUGAAAGCCUCACGGGGGGCCAAAAUCUUAAACUCAAAAGCACAACCUUCUUGGCAAAGGAAUAUUCGCACUACUAGUAUUCGUGACAGCAUAAAAAGCAGUGGUUUAAAUGUCAGGGUUCAUUCCGAUUGACUGCCUAUAUGGUGUUAAUAAUCAAAUCAAAGUCUCCCUGAUAUCAGAUUUUCUCAUUUAUGUCCAUAUUCACACACUGCAUGCACUGGUCUCAAGUAGCCUUAGGCUAGAACUGCUGUAGUGCUGCUGAUUACAUUUAUCAGUGUGGAAUAUGUUUUCUAACAUGUUGUGCACGACACCAGCACUCGCUGCUUGGUGCUUCAUGUUUUACUGUGUUCUUGCAAAUAGAAUAGUCAAAUAUGUGUGGAAGUGAAACAGAAAAUCUGCUAUAGAAAGAAAAAC